AUGUCACGUAACCAAUCCCCCGUCCAAGAGGUGCACGACGAUCCAGACGGCUAUGAGUUCCAAAUCGCCCUUGAUCAGCUUUCCGCCGGCUCUACAGAGGCGCUGAGGCUGUAUCUCGCCCGUAAAAACGGACAAGAUCCUGCCACCGUGUCCCUACGAACAACGCCAUGGAAGCCGAGCACCAGUGAGGGUACCAAAUUGUAUUUCGCCGGCAAGUUGGAUGAUACUAGAGCGCCAGUCGACAAAGAUGGCGCAGUGGUCGACGAAGCCCGGGAGAUGCCACGAGUCAUCUUCGAGGAUACAGAAAAGCCCUUCGACUACAAGGCCCUGGACGCGGAAUCACGUCAAUUUCGACUGCUGAGACUUGCGCCCCCAGACGAGCAUGGAGUCACCCGUCAGUUUCAGCUAGAGACGUUCUCGCUCAACGAUGCACCGCCCUACUUUUGUCUCUCAUACGUUUGGGGAGACCCUGAGCGAUUCCUCGGUGUCAACUGCAAUGGCGAGAUGAUUUCGGUGACGCAGAAUCUCUACCACGCAUUGCGAACGUGCUUCAAUAGACAUCCCGACUCUUGGCUCUGGGCAGACGGCAUUUGUGUCAACCAAGAGGAUGUUGUCGAGCGAAGUCAGCAGGUGCUGCUAAUGGGAGACAUAUACCGCAAUGCGUCGAUGGUCCUCGCACACCCAGGCCAUUUUUCCUAUGUUCGAAAGCAGCCCGAGGAGGAGGAUGUCAAGAGAACCGUUCUCGCGGAUCGUUUGGGUAGUCUCGGUAUGCAAGACAUGCUGAGCUUUGGUGCCGAGACCCCGGCGGAAGAGAAGACUCGCGUCGGAGAAGAGAAACCUUACGGCAUCGCUGAAUUCGCCCUCGAGCCUCUUGAUGAUGCCUACGACCCAGGGAACAUCCAAGGAGCCAUCAGCAUCAUGACGUACAUGACGCGAGUCUGGAGCGAUACCCGACGAGACAAGAUUCUGUCCGACCUGCAAUGGAACGAAAUGAACCUUCCCGACCCAGGGACGGAGAGCGGCCGUGAGAUAUGGGACAACCUGGUGCGGUUCUGGACGACGGACUGGUAUUUCCGUACCUGGGUGCUGCAGGAGGUGAUUCUUGGAGCAAAGGUCGUGGUGUUGUAUGGUACAACCGCCAUCAGCUUGGAAGCAAUCACAGAGUUCUGGGAUCUUGCGAGACGGCGUGGCCUCCCGCGGCCGCUUCGGAUUGGCGCAUACGCCGACAUCUUCAACAUGGUCUUACAUCUGAGCCCCGUCGCUUCCUUCAAGAUUCUCCGCGAUCGACGGGAGGGAUUGGACAAUUCCCCAGAGAAUGUCGAGGACGACGUCCAGCCCCUGGGUGGCAGGCAAAACCAGAAUGAUGUCGGCAUCCUGACCCCUAUCAACGGAAACAAGAACAGCAAAGCCUCCGAAAACGCAGCGGUUCAUUCAUCCAGCCUUCUAGAGCUACUGUGUUUAACCAGGAACAACCUCGCUACCGAUCCCAGGGACAAGAUUUAUGGGCUUCUCGGUCUCACUGACGACAUGGUUGCUCGAUCCACUGUUCCCGACUACAGCCAUGACAACACUCCGGCAAAGGUAUUCAUCGAAGUUGCCACUCAUAUGGUGGAGUUAGGGCAUGCUGCAGAUCUGCUGCAUCACGCAGGUAUCGAUCAAGCCGUCCGGGGUCUGCCCUCUUGGGCUCCCGACUGGACGAUGCAGUCACGCUCGACGCUGCCAGUACACCUGUACAACUGUCUUCCCGACACCUCACCGACCGUGUCGAUCUUGAGCUCAGACGAGAAACCCAAUUUGAGAGUGCGAGGAGCAGUCCUGGCCCGAAUCAACACACCCGGACCGGCUUGGAGGUAUUACUCCCAUGACCCCUCCUCGCCACCGUUCAGCAGCUUCAAGAACGCCCGCGAGACAGAAAUCCCGCCUUUCAACGACGAGGAUGCUAGGAACUUCAUCCUAGCGUUCUUGUCAUAUGCUGCCGAAGGAAGUCUCGAGGAACGACACCGUCCAGAGGCGCUCAACGACGCGCUGGUGCGGACGUUGGCUGUAGAUUGCUCGUGGCAAAACGAGAGAAUCGGCAUCAGACGCCCUCCGCAGGAUGUAGAGAAAACGCAAGCGAUCGAAACCGCUGCUGGGGUGAGCGAGGCGCCAACCACGUCCGCGUCCGCGUCCGCGUCCGCGUCCGCAUCAGAUGCAUUCUUUGCCGGCGUCGAUGCCUUUCGACGCUUCUACGCCCGCGGCCCGGACUCGGAAGAGGACUUGAAGGAGCCUGGAAUCCGUCUUCACCAGACACACAUCUUCCAAUGGCUUCUCGACUUUGACCAAAAAGUCGAAGCUGACCUGCAACAACGCAUGGUCCCGUUCACCGUCCCGUUCCAGGAGGCCCAGCGGGGGCGAAGAUGGGCCGCUAUCGGCACCAGGGGCCCCAAAACGACGGAGGACUUGACCCAAGAUGCGGCAAAAAAGGCAGAGGACCCGUCGAAGCAUUCAUAUGAUACAAAGGCCUUGACCGAUUGUUUCAUGGGCACCGUGCCGUGGGACGCGGAGACGGAGGACUACGUUGUUCUGCUCGAAGGCUUCAGGACGCCAUUUGUCCUACGCAAGUCCCCAGAAGAGACCACAAGCGACGGGAAGUCGGUCUUCAAUCUGAUUGGAGAUUGCUAUGUACACGACGCUAUGGACGGUCAGUUGAUGGCUUGGGCUGACGAGAUGGAGGAAGAAUUGCAACGUUGUCAGGUGGGGAAGGAUGCGAGGGGAAGGGCAUACGUCAUACGAACUCCGGGAGGGUUUGCCUCUUUCGAGGACUUCAUUAUUACUUGA